AUGUCCAACGUUUCUUCCUCCUCCUCGAGUGAUAGCAGCAGUGAUGACCGCAUAUUCACGCGACGAGUAACGUUUCAAAAACAGCACGAUGGGGCAUUCUCCUCCUCACCUCGUGUUUCAGCCCCCGACUUGUCUGCCGCUCGUGAGGCAGAAGCAAUUAUAUCCGAGAGUGUGCCACCUCUGACGGUGGCUGCGCUGAAUGCACCGACUACAACAGCAACAACCACCAGCAGUACACGCUCACCGCGGCCUGAGGCCGAGGCAGUGGUGCUGUCGGAGAGGAACACUACCCAGCCAGCCCUGCGCAACACUUCUACGGAGUCCGAGGUCAACAGUACCUCUGGUGAGUCACCAGCUCAACAGAGACCCCGUCGCCGUGCUGCAGGGACUGGAUCCCCACCAACCAAAGACUCACAGAGUAGCGCCACCGUGCCAGCAACAGAACCAACACCGCAGCGAAGGUGUCGCUCCUUGAUCUCUGCCUCUGGGCCUUCCUCGGAACUCCCACCACCCAGUCUCUCGUCGAGUCCGCAACGACGCACCUCUGUGCACUCCAUAAGCAAUGGCGACGUUGGAGUUGCUACACUAGCGCCAGCGUCGCCCAGCACCCUGUCGACAUCCACCGGCAGAGGCGCAGGUGGUCGUGGCGGAGGCGGCGCUCGCCGCCAAUACCUACGCAGUGCUGCCACCACCUCUUUGCGUGCCGUCUCGUCAGUCUCGGCGUCGCCGACGACCAGCCCUGUUAACGUUCGCCUGCUAAGCGACGAGGCUUACCUCGACAUGUUCCACAUUCCGGCCCUCAUUGCGCAGCUUUCGUUAUCGCUGAUGGCGGUGAAGCCUCUCGACCCUCGUGCGUUCACACGUGACUGGCUGGCUGACCGCCUUGUGAGUGAAGAUGACGAUGACGAUAACAUGGACGAGGGUGGUGGCAGCAUCAACAGUGGCAACGGCAUCCGAGAACGGGAGAGUCACCCACCGCCGAACGACACAGCUGUCCUGGAACUCUUCACAGAGCUCCCCGGGAACACCAGUUUUGCCCUCCACGGCAGCGGCAGCACAAUUGGCGACUUGGCGAGUAACAGCGGCGCCGAGAGUCCACACUCGGGGGUGGUCUCGUGCCGCCAAGGUCGCUUAGAGCGCCACUCACAGCAGCGCCGCCGAGCUACCGUAUCGGGUGAAGUUGAAGAAGACGAUAACGCAAAGGCAGCAUCGGCGACCGCCGGCGACGGUGACGAGAACAAAACCGACACGGCCACUGAUCGACCUGCGUCUGGGCGGCACGAGGCCCUGGCUCCCUCCUUACUGGGCCUUCCACAGCACUCAAGCAGCGCUUACGGCUGGCACACCACAGGCAAGCGCAAGGCUGCCAAUCGACGAGGGCAGCGGAGUGCUCGAAAGAGCGUGGCGGCUCCGACGACGUCGCAACAACGCGGUACCCGCCGCAUUAGCAAUCCUGGGCGAUUGCACAAAUAUAAAGCGCCCGCCUCCUCGAGGAGUAACGCAAGCGAGAGCGCUGAUGGCGGCUCGCCGCGAUCUGGGUUGCUGUUGACCAUGUUGCCGCCUUUCCCCGAAGAGGUCAGUGAGGACGGAGAGUCGAGAGCAAUCGAACAUAAAUUGAGCGGUCCGCUGCAGAGAAGUGAAGAGAGGGAACGAAAGGCUACUGCAGCUGCGCUGAGAAGUCUUCCUCCCACUCCCAAAACCUCCUCGUCGUCAUCGUCGUCUUCCUUCACUGCCUUCAACUCUCCCGGAAGUGAUGGUGUGGAGUGGGCACGAGUGGCGCUGCGGUCGCGCCGGACGACACUCGCUGGCUCCUCAGCCUCUGCCGAUAUCGAUACUCCGUCGUUUCAUUGCAGGACAACAAUGGAAGGCGCCUCCUGCAUCUCAGCGGAGGCACUCCCAGCGCUGCAUGGGACAACCCACGACAGGGGCAUUCGCAAGGGUUGCAGCAGCAGUGGAAGCGCUGGCGAUUGCUAUACUAACGAUAAAGGUGCCUUCACCAGCCCCUUACGGCGUGAUUUCACAGCCACGCCCUCAAUGGCGAGCGUACCGACGGUGACUUCAGUCGCAGGUCCCCUUGGCACCAGCGCUGAGGCUAAUCUCAGUCUGGCUGCUCAGCAGCCGCAAUAUGGGGAGGAAAACGGGCUGGCAGCGGUGGUACACGGUGGAAUUGAUCACACCAGCAGCCGAAGCUCCGGACUCUCUACUGUUGCUUUCCCGGCUAUCCACCCAACAGCCUCGGCGGCGAACCUUCACGUAGCCACAGCGGAUUUUUCAAGCAGCGACAGCAGAGCCGAUGAAAGUCUAGAGAUAGAUCGUCACGGCAGCAAUGGGGCGGCUGGGGAUAUGGUCCCUGGGAAGAGUAUCACGCACGAAGGCGAGAAAGACGCUGCGUCUGCAGCGUCAGGGGUAGCGGGGGAGAACAGAAAUGACAGUGACAGCGAUUUCAGCUUCGCCAUGUUCGCUCCCAUCCUUUCUGUGGAUGCGACGACAAACGAAGUGAUUGACUACCGCGCAGCUGGGGUGCCGCCGUCAUCGCUGCCUGCGUGCUCCGCGCCUAGCGGUGGAACCGGUGCACUGCAGCCCUACGCCACCGCCAGCGCAGGUGGAGUCGGAGGCAGCCACCUUACGCAGACCCACACCUUGAUGUCCGUCACCCCAUCGUCGGUCUGUCCUCCCUAUCCAGCGCGACCCGCCUCCUCGGCUUUCAAUGUCUUGCCCACACCGAUGCUCGCCGACUUGCUGGGUGGUGGGGGGCUGACAAACACGAGCUUUGGCCGCCGCGGGGUGCCGAACAGCAGCCUUGGUCGGCGUCCUGCGAACAUAACCAGCGCAGCUGCUCGCUACACAGACCCGGCAGUUGGGGCCAUGACUGGGGGCUCGUCACCACCGGCACCGUUCAUCACAUCGUGUGCGCCGAUGGAUCUAUCUACGCAUGGUGCUGGUGGUUGCGGCGUCGCGGACGAUGGGCCCCUGGCAAGCCUGCAGCUGGUUGGCUUCCCGAAGCUGAAUGCGAACUUGGCGAUCGGUUCUGUCGGAUCGGGUGCUGGUGUUCGGGCAAGCGGCUCCGCUGAUGUUGUUGGAGAACUCGCUUCUGUGUCGGAGCGCAAGGCAAUGCAAAAUGCUAAUAACGCAGAUGCCAAUACCGCGGCACUGCACGACGGUACCGAGGCCGGAAGGAGCUCGGCGUUGUUGCUCGUCAAGGAUACUUUGGGACCGGUAGCCGCAUUACCACCCACCGCCCCGCCACUCUCUGCUACGGUGAAGCUAGAGUCGGCGCGUCGACUAGGCAAGCUGCUCGACCAGCUUCCCGCCGCCAAGUAUGCCGCUGCCAUCGUUUUUUUGGAGGGCCUGCUGAGCAGCAGUGGUGGCAGCAGCGAUGCGGCAGAAACACCGGAGAGCGCGUCGAUCAACAUGAUGGCAGCAGUCGGUGAUGCAUCGAACCACAAUCGAGGCCUCCUGAACAUGACAAACACCGUAACCGACACAACGCGGGGCGCCCUGGGCUUUUCGGGUGGGGGGUCGUCACCGCUGAUUGGGUCGUACACCUCGGCCCGGACGUGGUCGGGUACAUUGGGGCAUGAACUGAGUCCAACAGGACGGGCGCCAAGCUUUGCACACCUUGUCGUCGGUGGGAGUAGCCAGGCGCCUGCCUUGGCAACGAGCGGCAACGAGGAUGGUAUGGGUGCUGUGGGUAAGGUGAGCCAAACGUCGGAGGGCGACAACUCGAGGUCUCUCUCCAAAGUCGGGUCCGCCUCGGUGGAGGCAUUGGUACGAGAUGCACUCAGCCAAAGCGUGCUCCGGUCACUGCCGCCAACCCACGAAGAGGUCCCUAUCAGCGUGCCAUCGUUGCCCUUGGGCGUCGAGGUUUCAGGGUGGGUCGCCAGCGACGGCAGCGGCAGCGGCGUGCAUCGCUUGUCUUCUCCUGUACGGCUGGAAAGUGCAUAUGGCGAGCGACUGGCGAACACCGCUACAUUCGCCGCACGCGGCAACACGUCUCGGACAAGCUCGCCCGUCCCCGUCGCCCCUGGCGUCGGGGACGGAGCCCUCGUCCCACGCUUUCCUCUAUCGCAGUCAGAGCGUGGUGACGUGACCUUCCACAAGCAGCCGUCUGUUGCCCAUCUGUCGAACCUGCGCUGUGCAUCGUCCUCACCACCGCCGCCGGGCGGCGAGGUGCUCACUGCCACGUCGCUCCAGAGGCAGCAACAGUCGCAGCAACAGCUACAAUCGGUGCCCAGUAAAGCAACCGAGGUCCGUCGCAGCAGCGAUGCCACCGCCAUACUGCCACAGUCGCUCAGUGGGACAGUGCCGUUGUCCUCUGAUGACUCUAGUCGCGCCGCGAGGGACAUCUCUGUGCGCGGGCAACAACUCAUGUACGUGCCUGCACCGACGCGACUCGGUGCACGCUGCAGUGCUGAUCCCGACGAGCCCACGACGCCAGAGCACAGCACUGCACGCAUUACCACGGUCACUAAUGUACAAGAGGCCGACAACGGCAACAAGGACGAUGGCGAUUCAGCGUCUGGCGGAAGAAACCACUGCAAUAUGGGCACCUACCUGGCAAAGCAGGGCCACAAGCAGGCACAGCAGCAGGAUCCACACCUCGUCCCCUCCUUCACCGAUGUCACUGAUGCUGACGUGCUGAUCUCUUCCCACCAGGGACUCCCCGCUCAUGCAGGGAGCCAAAAAAACACUGCUACUCGAUUAGCGACUGCUGCUGCUGCUGCUGCUGAGACUGCGGAGUCGAGUACAACAGUUUCACCAAAGGCCCUGAAGGAUGCACAGCGAAGGCACAGCAACGGUGACGAGAGUGUCAGUAUUGAUGUCAACGAGAGCACCCUUCAUCCAUCGUAUGGCAUUCAUCAGGAACUUCUCCCGCCCGACGUAGAUGAGAAUCCCAUUAGCCUGCGCAUGCGGCCAGUUGAGUCGGCGUCGUUAUGGUCAUCGAACGCGCGUGCUAGCUCACUUCGACCCGAGGAACCAUCACUGCUGGGCGGCACCGAGUCGAUCGCCAAUUCGGGUGCCGAUGGCAAUGGCAGCCGACGCGCUGGCAGGCACGUGUAUGAUCGCCAAGGAGGCCGGCGCCGUCACCUACACUCUACGUAUGACGCUAGAGUCGGCGACUCCCCGGGAUACCCUCUGAAGACCUUUGAAGACCCUCAAGGCUCUGGCGUAGCUCCCGCGGAAACUACACCAGAGCGACAGCGGCGUAGUGAAGGACUCCACAGUAACGCCACCAGACCCUCUUCUGCAUCGGCACGGAGGAGCACCAGGGUGGUGGAGUGGGACAGCACUGCAGCAAACUCGCCGACCCUGUCUCUGCACCUGCAGAAUCUGCGCAGCGCCGGUACGGAGCUGGAGUUCGAGGACGUCGAUCUUGGCUCCACUUUGCGAACAGCUGUGGCUCUCGCCGCUGCCGCUGGCACUCAGUCGGUGUCGAGAGUGUAUGACACUGACAGCAAUGACAAGGAUAACCAGAGUAGGCGUGUCAUCAGCAACAGCACCUCGGGCCGGCCUACCGGCCAGACCCUCGUUGCAGAGGGAGACACUGUGGCAACGGAGCCCUUUUCCAGCGCGGAUACCAACGAAGGGCUCAGCAGUCUUGCCGUAGCGGACAAAGCAUAUGUCAGCAAUCCCCUCGCGGCCCACUCGAGCCAGAGCUCCCUAGUACCGCAGGCCAGCAACGACAACUCACUGCAGCGCAUGAUAGAGGACAACGGCGCUGGCGGCGGUCGCGUCUCGUCGAUCACGCGCAGUAGCUCCGUCGACGCAGGGACUGGCGUGUCCGCGGUGACCGCGUCCAUAACGCCUUCAGUAAUAACGCCAAUGGCGGCCGACGCAGAGGGAAUGGUUCUUGGCACGUCUAUAACAGCGACGACGACCCCCAUCACCCCCGAGCCCUCGACACCGUCGCCGCUGUUCUCGGAACCGCCACUGCUCUCGGAACCGCCGCUGGUCGCGUCAUCCGUCGUGGUCGCCAUGAACUCGUUCUUCUCCCGAGAGGACCAGGUUGCGCCGGAGGAGUUGGAGGUGGUUCGCGAGGUCGUAGCUCACUACGAUGCCUUUGCCGCCUUGGAUGAGACGCAGCUGGAGACACUAGUGCGCACGAUGACGCGGGCGGAGCUGCAGCGCGGCGCCACCGUGGUGCGCGAGGGCGAUCGCACGCUGGAGAAGCUGCUGCUCAUCGUGUCCGGCAAGCUGGCGAUCUCGCGCAAAGGACUCGUCACCCGCACACUGGCGCGGGGGCAGUUUUACGGCGAAAUGGAGAUGUCGUACCACGUGGAGCGCAGCCACGUCACCUUGACAGCCGCGACACCCAUCGUGGUGCUCUACGCCCUGAAGAAGGUGGACUAUCAGAAGCUCGUCAUCCAUGAGAAGGACGCUCGGCGGUAUAUGUUCCUGCAGUACGUCAACGAGUGUGUGCUUUUCAAAGGACUCUCCCCCCACAUCAAGGUGCGGCUAGCCGACUCCCUACGUGUGUGCCGGCUGCGCAAGGGGGUCAAGCUGGCGGAGCAAGGCGCACCGGUGGAGUGGAUGUACCUCCUCAUGUCGGGCAGUGUACGCAUGACAUGCCGGACCCCGUGCGGUUCUGGACGAGAAACGAGCCAUCAUCCGGAGCCAAAGGGUUUUGCGGCAUCAGAGGACGACUUGCGCCACAUGGCCACCACGUCCUAUUCCUUUUCAAACUUCGCCGGCUCGAUGUCGCCCAGCGAGGCACUCAUGUCCAGCGUCGCGUCGGCCGCGGCAGCUUCGACAGUCGCUGGAACUUCCGUGAUACACUACGGCACCACACACAGCGGCAUUACCGGUACACCGUCAUCCACUCUCUCGCCGCCGGCCUUCGCGUCGGCAGCCCCCUCGCUGGUUACCUAUGGCAACAAGCCGCCCUCGACACUGCCCACCUCAACCUCACUGCAGCGGUCGGCGAAUACGUUUCUCGACGCCACGAUUCACGGCAGCACCGCAAGCGCGCCGACAACCUUCCUCGCAAACGCAGCAGCAACCCACGCAGGGGCAGCAGACGCCAACGACACUUUGGCGAGUGGCCACACCCACAGCACUAUUGUUAGAAGCGGUAACAACGCCGCCGUGGUUGUGUUGGACCUCUCAAAGGGGAAGCUGGUUGGUGAGACGGAGUUCGUGUUCAAGUGCAAGGGUCUUUUUACCGCCGUUGCCACGACAUCUGUGCAGGCAGCGCGCAUCAGCCGUCUGCACUUCGAGGCCAUCAUGACACGACCCGUCGUCGAGGAGAUGAAGCGCAGUAUGUUGGUGAAUCCCAACUACUACUUUUAUGAGUUCACCGUCCCCGAGGAGUUGAAGGAGGAAAUGCGGCGCAUGCUGUUCCGACUGAACGUCGGGCCGGCGGCACGCCGGCGCAACCGGCUUGCUCAUCAUCAGCAGCAGCAGCAUCUUCGACAGUCGGUGACAGGGGUGGAGGGCACAAUGUCACGCUUACGCAGCCGCAGCGGCACUACCGGAGAGCACAAGGGCAGCAGAGGCAGUGGCCCACGUAGCAAGCAGAAUGCGGUGUCAUCACGCCGCGUUCAGCACGAGCAUAAUCACGUCUCCUUCAUGGGCGCCAUAACAGGCGGGACAGGCGGUUUCAGCAGCGUUCUACAUGGAACGGCCUGCAGCAGCGGUAGCAACAGUCACAGCACGUCGUCGCCACUUGCCAUGGUGUACGUGCAGGACAGUGCUCUCGAACGUGAGGAUGGUAAAAACUCGCAGACGGGGAGCAGUCGGGACCACAGCGGCUACCGUCGCUUCUGCACUGCACCACUGGAGAACAGCCCGACGAUAGCGCAGUCGUUAACGGAAAGGACGACAGCUGACAGCGCUGACGCAGCGGGAAUGGAAUCCUCUAAAUUGCACUAUCUCGAAGCACCAACCGUGUGUGGUGACCCCUUCUCAGCCCUGGCAGUGGCCAACACCUCUGUCGUCUCAUCCACGAACGCCGGAGAAGAGUUGGUGUCCCUCACCCCUCCGCCGCCGGUGACCAUGGGCCACAUGAGUAGCGUGAAGGGUAGAGGUGCUAGCAGCGAUAGUGACCACAACCGCCAUUCGCACGCCACCGCGCGUCUUACCACGCCUGGCCGGCGCGCCAGCCUCACCAAGCACUCCUCCACUACGACGAGUCACCGGCACCGCGUUAGCACGCGGGGCGAGAUUGUAUUCUCGGGCAGCCGCAACCUGUACCACUUCACUGCUGAAGCGAUGAGCAUGAAUGAGAGCAUCACGAUUGCCGUCGUGGCGGAUGGCACGAUCAUUCGGUGGAACUCUGUCGCGCAGAGCGUCACCGGCUAUGCACCGUUUGAGGCGAUUGGCAAGAGCAUUUUCGACUUCAUCGUCUCAGAGGAUGGACGGCAGCGCAUGCGCGACACCCUCGCCGUCGCCGCGCGCUUCGCCGGCAAGUGGGAGCAGUACACCAUGGAAAGACUACAGGAGCAGCACCUCUUCCCGUUUCGCCAAAACACUGGACUCUACCAAAUCGGGCUGGCGCUAUCUGUCAUCCCGUCGAACUGCGCCAAGACGGCGGAGGUCCUCCUGCUGAUCGGUCGGGAGGGAAAGUAUCGGGCGGCCAGCACGUACGCGGCGGAUGUGGCCAGGUGGUUGGAGGGGUCGCUAAAGCCGCAACUGCGCCAGUUCCAGCGCCGCAUGGCGCAGAUUGAGUCGCACGACUGGCAGCUGACGGCCGAGGACGCGCUGCAGAUACGCGGCAACCUCGACGUGUGCAUGUCCAUGGUGGAGCAGUUCACGAAGUUUUCGCUGCUCAACAUGGACGUGGUGAGUCAGUCGUGGCGACCGCUGCGACUUCCAGCGCUGCUGCGCCGCUUCGCGACGGAGGCGGUUGCAUUUGCCCGACAGCAACAGCACGAGUACUACUGUAACAUCGACUUGGUGGAGCCCAAGGCAGAGGUGUUCCUGGACGCUCCGCAGGUACUUGGUAUUUUGCGGCUUCUGCUUGGCGACGCACUGCAAUGCCCCAGUGUGGACGACAACGGGAAGACGAUCGUCGUGCACGCGGAGCUGCGGGUAACAGUGGUGGAACCGCAGGACACGAACCAACUGCCUCUGAACAUCGGAAGUCCUGCCAGCCGCGUGAGUGGGGGCGGCAGUGGCGUGAGUGGACCUGCCGCUCCUCUCGCCCCGUCGAACACGUCGCUGAUAACGCUGCCAGAGAACCACAGCAGCAGCGCCGCCAUCGAUGAACGGCGUAGCAUGGUGGCCUCACCGUCCGCGUUGGCUAAGCCCAGUUAUCCGGUGGCCAACACCCCUGUCUCCACGGUGGAAUCAAGCACAGAUGACACCGCCCUUGUCCCUGCAGCUGUUAGCCUGCAGCCUGAGAUGGCCACCACGGCACAUCACUUGCGGCGCCGGUCUCUGCCACGUGGCUCUCCAUUGCAACAGCACUCACAGCAGUCGAAUCAACAUCACGGAGGUGAACUGGCACGGUCCGACCAUGCCUAUGACUCUCCUCUCAUAGCCCUGGUGAACGAAGCCAACCUCAGCAGCGGUGGCAACGCCCAAGGUGGGGUGGACAGCUCACCAACCUCCGUUCCUGCGGGACUUGCGGCUGGCUCUCAGACGUCGAGCGGAACCGGAAUGCGAGGCCUCGCAAGUGCGCCCUUUUCCAACACACUUACUUCCACGCUGCGGCGCAUUCGGUUUGAGAUUCGCGACGACGGCCCAACAAUACUCAGCCUCCGCGACCCCCAGACAGUGGCAAGUGAGCGCACACGCAGCGAUGCGUCGCCAGAGAGCGCGUCUGCGGAUGAUGCGGCAGCCCGCCACUCGACAUCGCCGUGGUCGGCCUCGUGCACAAGCGAGCGAGCCUCUGGUGAAGGUGUCGGUGACAGGGGCGGAAACGGCACUGGUCCCGACCCCAGCAGGAAGAACUUCACUUUUGCAGCAGCCAGCGCGCGUCGUGGCGCAGUACUGGAGCAGGUGGAGAAGAUACUGAUCAACCUGGGCGGAGUCCUGUACGGCUUCACACGACCAGAGGCCCCUGGUAACCUGGUGCGGGUUGAGUUGCCACUACUUGUCGUCCCGGGCUCGACCGAUGACGGGCGGGAUGACGAGAACGGCGGCGGAGCCGGAGGUGGAGCAGCGGCGCCGCCGUCCAGUGCUACUCGUACCUUGACGGUGAUUGUCGCUGAUAGCAACCGCCUGCAUCAGCAGCAGCUGUGCCGCGUGCUUUGGGCGCGGCAGCACGCGGUCGUCCCCGUCACAAGCUUUCGCGACCUGGGGCGCAAGCUGGAAAUGAAUACCGCCGACAUCCUGCUCAUUGACCCGCUUCACAUCGAUAUCGUGUCAGAGGACUAUGAGUCACUCGUGGGGGACGACCCCUUCGACGACAUCCGCAUUCUCUCCGCUCGGCUGGCGCUUGUAGUCAUGGCGUCUGACUUCAGCGACUGGCGCGUGCAGAAGCUGCUGAACCGGCACGCCGUUGUGGAGUUGCCCAAAGUCGGCUCCGGUGCGCUCGUCCACAUUGCAAUGCAGGAGGCCGAGCAGUUCGUCACGGAAAUGCGGGAUGAAGAGGAGCGGCUGGAUCUGAUCCGCCGCACCUUUACAAACAGCUCCGCCGAGCGCCACAAAAUUGGCAAACGCAUCGGCAAAGGCGCUUUCGGAGACGUCUUCGAAGUGGAGGACACGUUGACGGGCGGCAAGAUGGCGAUGAAACGCAUGCGUCUGCAUGACGGACUGCUGGCAGACGAAGUGGUGCAGGAAAUCCUAGCCAUGACGACGCUGACGCACAACAACAUAAUUCAGCACUUCUACUGCGAAAAAGAAAGCGACACACUUCUGCGCCUUUACAUGGAGCUGGCCCCUGGCGGCACCCUACGCGACAAGAUCCGGGAGCUGCCGGGGGUACCGCUGCCCUUCUCGGAGAUUGUGCACCACCUCUCUUGCAUCUGUCAUGGCCUUGCCUACGUGCACGAGAAGAACUACGUGCAUGGCGAUCUCAAGACGGCAAACCUUCUGCUUGGUACGCACAACCGCACCAAGAUUGGCGACUUUGGCACCGCGAAGCACUUGGCGCCGCAUCAGCUGCUCUACACGAUGGUCGGCACCCCGCAGUAUAUGGCGCCGGAGGUACUCAAUGCGGACGUGGAGCAGCGGCUCGGCUACGACUUCAAGGCCGACAUUUGGUCUCUGGGCUGCAUCGUGCUGGAGAUGGCCACGGGCAGCCCGCCGUUCGCGCACGUGGAGUGCGCGCAGGGGAUGGGGAUCAUUAAAUACCUCACAGAGCUGACGGAUACUCCUGACUUGUCGCCGCUGUUCACCGGCAACCCGCUCGUGUACGAGUUCGUAAAAAGCUGCCUCGACAUCGACCCGCAGAACCGCCCGACGGCGCAGGAGCUGCUGCACUUUGACAUCUUGGAAGGCGCCGUGGCGAGUCAGCGAGCGGAGCGACUGGUGCGGCGCGCGGAGAUGCUCUACAAGCUGAACAAGUACGCCGCGAUGCGCGCCGACGGCGGCGGUGGUAGGGUGGGGAGGGGUACCGGUGGCCGUGAUGGCGGCCAGGGUGGCGCCGUACGGGGAGGAGAUCAUAAGAAUCCGGAGGAAAGCGAAGAAGAGGUGGAGGAUGGCGAUGGCAACCACAGCAGCCUCUACGACAGUGGCGUUUUCUUCUCCAGCGACGACACUACCGUUUACGAAGAAGAGGAUUACUAUGAUGACGAGGAUAAGGUCGACGAUUAUGAAGAGAAUGACGAGGUGAGUGAGCACGACAGCAUCGAGGAUGUGAUAGAAGAAAACAGGGCCCCGAGGGUGCAUCAGGAGCAAGAGCGAAAUCAGCCGCAGCCCGCCGCUACUUGA